ACUGGUUUCUCCUGUUUACCGAAACAACGCAAAAAGGGUCAUCGGAGCAUCUAGAGAGGGUUUUUUUUUUCAAAAUUUAAUGUAUACCAACAACGAGAGGCAUAAUGCUCCCAACGGAGGCCCCAUCAACGGGAGGCUUGAUGCUCCUAACGGAGUGGAGACAACUGAUUGGAGAACUCAGUUACACCCUGACUCGCGGCAAAGAAUUGUCAACAAGAUAAUACAGACAUUGAGGCGGCAUCGUCCAUCUUCUGGAGAUGAUGAGCUAAGUAACGAUGCUGUAGAGUUUGAGGACAGGACUUAUACUGCUGCAAGUAGCCAGGUAAUAGGGAAUUGUACGUUUUUCAUAUUGUACAAGGGUUGAGAGUCUCUGAUUUUUUUGCAGUAUGUGUGCAUAUUUACUGGCCAUUAUGUCCAUUGCUUCUGUUCUUCCUUUAUUUUUUUAUAGUUCCUAUUUUCCUAACUCAAUCUUUUGUCCAAUCGCCUAAAGAAUUCCAAAGUGUAAAGAAAUUAUAGAUAAACGAAGAAAGUGAAAUUGAUAUCAUUUACACAUUCUUUUAACUUGCUCUCUUUUCUGAAGACGUAAAACUCAUUUGAUCUGAAGUUUUUGUUGACCUCUAUUUGACGUCGGACUAUCUGAGGAGAAUAUCCUCGAGGAUGCUUAGUUUGGAGACAAGAACUCAGAGCAAUCCUACUGAUCCAGGUUCUGCUUCUACCUCACAAGAGCAAGGAGAUUCGGAAUCUUGAUUGUAGACACAAUUAGCAAUAUGGAAGAUUCUCGUGAAAGAAGAUUCUAAGGAUUUGUGUUAUUAUGUAUUUUGUUAUAUGCAUAAACUUCUGUAUAAACUUGCAUAUUUUAUUUUGUGUAUGAACUUGUAUGAACUUUUACUUGUAAUCCCACUUAUGUAUUUUAUUAUUAAGUAUGAACUUAUGUAUUUCUUAAUGUAUAUGUACUAUGAAGUAAAGUGUGUGUUUUGUAAUAGGUUUAAUAAUGUUUUUUUGUAUAAAAUUCAUUGAUCUUA